GCGGCGGCAUCCCAAGACCCAGCACUUCGAUCCGGGAAUCCAGGGUAGGGGGAAACUUGAGCAGCGAGCCAUCGCUCUGCGUGUGACGAUGAUGACGAUGAUGCUGAAUAGGCAGCAGAUACCGAGUUUCCGCAACAGCACGACCACUCAGCCAUCCUAUAACAUUCUUACCGGCGAGCCCAACGUUCCAGGCGGCACCAUGGCGCGUCCCGGCUCACGACAGGGCAGCGUCUCUGGACCAUCGCCUCCGCGGGGUCGCGCCGCCACGGCUGCGAGUAGCCUCAGUCGCGAAAGCAGCAAGGAGAACCGACCGCCCGCAGACGCCGAAGAAUACGAGGCCCAGCGCAGGCGCAUCGAGGAGCUCAAGGCCGAGGUUGGCACGCUGCAGUACCAGAUCAGCAGCUACGAGCAAGAAAAAGAGCUGGCGCGGCUGCAGAUGGAAAACGAGAUGCGCGACACUAAGCGACGGGCAGAGGAUGACUUCAAGGCGAAACAGGCCGCCGAGGCGGAGAGGGGGAAGGCACAACGGCAGGUCGAGGCUCUGCAAAGCGAACUGGACGAGCUGAGAGCCGAAAAGGAGCGACAAAAACGAGACCUCGAGGCCAAGGCAAGAGAUGCCCUGGAAGAGGCCAGGUUGCUGCAGGAGCAACUGGAGGAGCUGAGUGCGGCCAAGGACGAAGCUGCGCGCAUGGCCGAGCGAGAAGCGAUCGACUUGCGGGCCAAACUUGCUUCGCUGCAGCGAACUGCAAACGAGCUGGAGGAGGAAAACAAGGCCAAAGACGACGCCCUGGAGAAGGCACAGUCACAAUUGGCCGAGCGCGACGAAACAAUCGGCAGGCUAGAGGCUGAUGUCCUUCGGCUGAAGGCCCAAACCGGCGAUGCCGAAACCAUUGCGGUCAUUCGGAGGGAGUUAUCCGACCAAGUGAUACACAUCCGCAAUCUGGAGGCGAAAAACAGGGAGCAGGGGAUGGAGCUGAAGCAUCUUCGUCAGGUCCACAAGGCUGUCGAGAUCGUCGAGGAAGAGAAGCGCUCUCUACAGAGGAAGCUAGAGGCAGUCGAGGCCAUCCAGCAAGAGCUCGACGAAGAGAGACGACAGCGGCAAAGGUUGGAGGAUGAGCGGCAGUCAUGGGCGGCUUACCUGCAGGAUGAACCCGGUGCGGAUGGCCAGAAUGAGUUCUCGUCGCCCGAAGACGUAGCCCGGGCAUUAGUCGCGGAACGCCUUCGCUCGGCUUCUCUGGUCGAGAAACUGGGAGAGUUGCAGCCGGAGAUUGCCGACCGCGACAACAUCAUCAAGUCGCUAGAGGACGAGAAGGCGGAGCUUCUAGACCAGGUCGAGAAACUCAGGGCGGCCGGGGGCUCUGGUGCAGGGAACGACAAGGCUCGCGCCCGCCUUGAGAGGCAGCGUGCCCUCGCCCAGAAGGAAGUGGAAUAUCUCCGGGCACAGCUCAAGACGUUUGAGAUGGAGGACAUGACUCUGCAGCCGGAGAGCGUCGACCAGCAGAAGGUCAAGCGAAUCCAAGAACUCGAAGACCUGGUCGACAAAUAUAAGGCCGAGGUCAGCACGCUACACGCCGACUUGUCCUCGCUCGAAUCUGCCUCUACAAGCCCAGUCCAGCCCGUGCUGCUGGGCAGCAAGCGUCCGCGCGAAGCCGACGACGCCGAGAGCGAGCAUCUCGGCCAACUCGCGCGCAAGAACCGCAAACUGCAGUCCGAGCUCUCGGAACUGCAGACAGCCCACCGGCUCCUGCAGAAGGAACACGAGGUCGCCACCUCCCAGCUCGCCUCGGCCCAGGCCCAGCUGCAGACCCGCAUCCUGUCCCUCCGUUCCAACCCGACGUCGGACCACGAGGCGACAAAAGCAGCGACGCUCGCGGCGCUCAAGCUCGAGAACGCCGAGCUGCUCGCGCACAUCCAGCGCCAGCCGACCCUGUUCGCCACCGUGCCGGCCUCGCAGCUCGCCGCCGCGCAGCGCGAGAUCGCCGAGGCCAAGGCCGAGACGGCGUCGGCGCAGAAGUCGGCGCGCCGCCUCAAGGAGGUGUGGGCGGCCAAGUCGGCCGAGUUCAAGGAGGCCGUCUUCAGCACCCUCGGCUGGACCGUCACCUUCAUCCCGGGCGGCAAGAUGCGCGUCGAGAGCGUCUACUACCCGUCCCGGACGGACGAGCACGAGAACAGCAUCGUCUUUGACGGCGAGCGCGGCACCAUGAAGGUCGGCGGCGGGCCGCGGAGCGCCUUCGCCCAGAAGAUCGGCGACAACAUCAAGUUCUGGGUGCGCGAGCGCGGCUGCGUCCCGUGUUUCUUGGCCGCCCUGACGUUGGAGUUCUACGAAGAACGGACGAGGGCCGGCGGCGGGGUUGAGGGGUGAAGGGGGAGAGGAGGAACCAAACGGCAUGUGAGAUGAGUUUUAAUUUUUUUUUUUUUUUGUUUGAGAUCGUAUGAAACAGGCAUAUAUACCCUCACUAUUACUUUCUGAAGUUUCCCUAUUUUCUCUCUAUUUGGUGCCUGGUCGGUUCCCGGAACGGUGUUUAGACGGCGGAGUCAACAAUUCAUAGCCACCAUAAAGUCUUAGCUGUUCUUUUUCCUCAGGAAUCCAAGGGAGAGAUUGGAUACCCUCAUCUGCCUGCCCGCAUCAUAACGCGCCGAUCCAG